CAAUGCCCUGCAAGAUAAGUUCGUUCUACCGGCAGACCGAUGAGUAAUGCCGGCUAUCCUUGUAGCUCUAGCUUCGCUCGAAACUGUCAUUUCUAUAUGGAAUUUGUAAACAUUAGAACGAGCUUAGUGUGAAUCGAAUCCUAGACCGAAAUCAGCAUUAGUCACUUUGUCGCUUCAGUUAGUCUACGUCGUCCUGUGGUAAGAGAAGAAAUUGUUUAUAGUUUUCUGCGCUGCGUUCAUUUUUAUGGGUUGGUCAUCAGUUUCCCCUAAUAAAUGUAAUUAAAAAGUGACAUCAUCAUCAAUUAAAGUUUCAUCAUUGGCUGACCCUGCAUCUCACAACGACAACGAGAAUUUAAGUGAUUUGCUUGUUUAAAUUUCUCCGAAUUCGUUCAUUUCUGGUAGAGAUACAUUUCCACUCAUUGACUAGAAACCUGUACCAGUCGGCUCCAAGUUUGUCCAAGUUCUUUUUGAGUAUAGUUUCAGAAAUUCGCCGAAUACACCACCAGAAUGCAGCGUGGAAAGGCCACCGCCGUGAAAAUGUGCAGUGCGCAAAUAAGGGAACAAAUGGGAAAAUCGGAACCCGAGCUAGAAAGUAUUGGACACAAGCUGCUCAAUAACGAUCAACUGACGCUUGAAGAUGUUUUUAAGCUGGGCCAGCGAAUCGCCGAAAGGAAUGAGUACGAUGCAAACUUUCUCGUUGUUUGUGGUGUCGAAGAAUUAACUGGUCGUUUGAUGCAGCAUAAAUCUGGCGACAGAGACAGAAAUUCAUUGUUUGUCAUAUGUGCGAAAGCCGAGAUGCCAAGACUCGCAGUUUUCUGUGUUGUUUGCUCGGAGGGAAAAACCGUAUCUUUGUACAAUGACUUCUCGAGUGGUCAAAUUCCGGACAGUAUUCGACUGAUUUUAGAGCACAAUUUCGGGGAUACCAUAGAGUACAAGAUUCACCCCAGCACAGAAGAAGUUCAACAGUCUCACGAUAUGGAAAUCCUGUCACUUAAAGCAUUGGAAACGAUGAUGAUCAAUUUGAAGCCGGACAAAAGAAAAGAUUUUAUCAAAAACUAUGCCAAUCGAAAGAGAUCCUAUUUUGGUUGGCUCAAAUCCGUACCAAUUGCUCGCAUCAAGGAUGAUCUUUUCGGCUUGAUAAAGGAAGGUUACUAUAAAAGGUUUGCCAGCGACAUCGACGGACUUGCUCAAGACGUAAAGUUUAAAGAAGCUCUCGCAAAGUUUUUCGAUAGUUUGCCGCUGCUGGAUGAUUACACUAAUUUCCGAGAUUAUCAGUCUCUGCUCAAAAAAGUUUCGGAAUUGGACGAGAAUGAUACUGCACUAGAUGCCGACUUGCUCAAGCAGGUGGAGGAAGCCCGGAAAAGAGCUUUCGAUGGAAUUGCAGAGCGAACUCAAAGCAAUAAGAAUGCGAGCAGUGCUCCAGCGUUAAAUAUUGAGAAACAGUUUCCGGACCAAAUGGCCAAGUUCAACAAACUGUGCAAGCCGUUAGAUAAUUCCUGUGCGGAUGACCAGCUGGAUAGUGUUCUCAAGAAGAUCAGUGACAAAUUGGAUCUGGACUAUAAUAAGCUGAAAAUUUUCUCUGCUGCCAAAAGUGCGGAAAAACAGCAAGACCCGGAAGAUGCUAUUACAUUUGAGGAUGUUUUCAAUGAUAUUGCGACAGUUGUUAGCAAAACUAGGAAGCAAAUCGACGAGAAUAGGAAAUCUUUGGAAGAAUUGCUCUCGGAGAUAGACGAAAAAACAGUUAACAAGCGAUCUCUGAAGGACGGGUAUCGAAAAGUCAAAGAGUUUUCCAAAUCAUGGGAAUCCAAACAGGCUCGGGACGUUCAACAAUGGGCCAAAUCUGUGAAAGGGACCGAUGCUGAUUUGUAUGAAACAUUAGCAGUUAUGGACAGAGCAAACGAGUUGGUAACCGGAGGUCAUAAACUGCGCGAUACGCAGAUUCUGUCCGUGUUGGUAUUUUUAACACAGAAGCAGAACAAAGGUCAACUUUGUCAGAUACAAACCGGAGAAGGUAAAACGACUAUCGUUUCCAUUCUGGCAGCGAUUAAAGCUUUACAGGGCGAAGUUGUGGAUGUCGUGACCAGUAAUCCUGUGUUGGCAUCGGAAGGCGUUAGAGAUAGACAACUUUUCUACAAACUGCUGACCUUACGGGCCGCAACGAACAACGCAGAUGAAAACUACACACGUGGCAAAAGGACUUGCUAUAUGGCUGACAUCGUUUACGGAAGUAUAGGCAGUUUUCAGUUCGACUAUUUGAGAGAUUCGUUUCUCGGACUCGGAACCCGUGCCAAGAGACCAUUCGGAAACAUCAUUCUGGACGAGGUAGACUCGAUGAUUAUAGAUAAUGCAAGCCAUAUCGCCAAACUGUCUGGAUCAUUGCCCGGAAUGGAAUAUUUGAAAUACGUCUAUAUAAAGAUAUGGAUGGAACUUUAUAAGGCUGAAAAUAGGAUCACCCAAGAGUUCCAGGAGAGUCUGAAGGUAAAAGCGGAAGAGUUGCAGUUGUGCGGUUGUCCUGAUGAAAAAGCUCAAUCAAGGUAUAAUGAAUUUAAGAACGAACUGGAAUGCACAAUAAUGGCCAGAAUCAAGGACUGUAUCCGGUGCUCGCAACCUACAAAAAUCGACAUUAUUCCCUCUCACAUCCGGGACUAUGUAGAUUCCUCCCUAGACCAGUGGAUCGACAGUGCUAUCAGCGCAAAGUACAACUACCGGGAAGACGAACAGUACGUCAUUCGUACUGGUAAAACUGGAGAACCCGUCAUUCAACCGGUUGACUAUGCCAACACGGGAAUAACUAUGAAGAACACCAUCUGGCAGUACGGUCUACAUCAGUUCCUGCAGCUUAAACACAACCUGCAUCUGACCGCCGAAAGUUUGACCAGUUGUUUCAUAUCCAAUCUCGGUUAUAUUAAAAAAUACGGUACCGACAUAUUCGGACUGACCGGUACGCUUGGCUCGCAAGCGGAACGGGAACUGUUGAUGGCGAUCUACGAUGUGGGUUGUAGCCAAAUUCCUACCUACAAGGAGAAGAAGUUUGUCGAAAUCAGUGGCGAGAUUUUGGAUGAUGAUGAAUUCGGCGAAGAGAUUGCGCGGGAUGUUUUAUGGGAAAUGCGAAAAGGUCGAUCCUCGCUGGUCAUUUGUGAAACCAUCCGGGAUGCUAAAGAGGUGAGAAAAAUGGUCCGGAGAAUCAAGCCGGAUAUCAUCGCGAGAACAUAUUUUGAUGAAGAAAACGCGAAUGUCACUGAGCAGGAGAUCAGUACGGGUGAGGUGGUCUUUGCCACUAACAUAGCCGGCAGGGGAACGGAUUUCCGAACCUCACCGGACUUGGAAGCUAAGGGUGGACUCCAGGUAUACGUUGCUUUCUUGCCGUGCAAUAAACGGGUUGAGGACCAAGCGUUCGGCCGGACGGCACGGCAAGGUAACAAGGGUACGGCCAAGUUGAUGAUCAAACAAAGCGAGGUCGAAAAAUUGGGCAUCGACUCCGGUAGCUUAGAGGAGAUAAAACAACGACGGGAUGAGAUAGAAGCAACUAGAAUCAAAUAUAUUAAAGAUUUUAAGGUGAAAGAACUGCACUUCCAGGAUACGCUUUUCGAAAAGUUCUCUGCCCUGUAUCGGAAGUUGAAGGACAAGUGUCACGACAAGCCAGAGUAUCAGUAUGUACUGGAUGAUCUGAAGGAGUUUUGGGCUUUUUGGCUGGAAAAGACGAUCCAACGUGUAUCGAUGUUGGAGGAAAAGAAUGCAAAUCAUGAAUUCGAGCAGUUUGAAUUAGAAGCACGAGAGACAAUCGCGGGAACAAUUGCGUUUAAUCCGUAUUACAGCAUUCAACAAGCGGAACAUUUUAUCGUAAAUGAUCAACUAGAUAAAGCAGAGCAGGCUUUGGAUCAUGCGUACAACAUAAGCAAGAAUCCAGAAAUUUUAUACAGUGUCUAUAUGAAACGAUUUGAAAUCGCAAUCGAGAGGGGCGAAGCACUGAAGUACAAAUUUAGGGACGCAGUAGGCGAUCUGUUCUUUUUACCGAUAAUAAAGUCUGACAGGCAAUACCGUGAAAAUGCCAAGAGUCAUUUAAGGGAAGCACAGAAAGCGUUCAAAAAGGAACUCGAUUGUAUCGAGCAAAUCUUUGGCUCCGAGCAUUUUGCGAGCAUCAUAGAGAGCAAUGAACAUCAAAAGGAAAAUAUUUUAAUAAAACAUUUAGUAUCCAAACAGCAAGCCUUGAAUCUCAACCAGGGACAUGUUGAUAGCUUGAUCAAACAGAUUGACGAACACCAGGACGGUAUAUGCGUGCAAAGCCGAAUUUCGGACUAUUUCGCCAAUCUUAAGCCGCAAAAUGAAGCCGAAAUUCAGAUUAAGAAAACGGUUUCAAACUCGGAACUGUCCGAGUUGGCAGCAGUGUCGGCCAAUACAACAUACGCACUUCGAGUGGUGCUCGACGCUAGGCCGGAGAUAGUAACGGCAGCGCAAAUUCAAAUCGGCGGAGGCUUAGCGCUCUUUGCCAGUGGAUGCUUGUUUCCACCUGCACUACCGAUAACGUCUGCCAUCGCUGGAACAAUGAUUACGGAAGGUCUAUGCGACAUUGCCAUUGAAUUGAUCGUCACACAUGGCGACAAAACAUUCAACAAGGAAGCCUACAUAAAGGGGAAGGUUGUCAGCUAUGGUAUAGCCUUACUUACACUCGGCAUCAAUGCCGCACUGCAGUGUCCCAAGAUUUUGGCUAAAGCCAAAAAUGCUUGCCGCUGGAUUUCGCAGACGUUGCGCAAAUGCCCAUAUCUAUGCAGGGCUUGUGAAUCUUUAGCUACCAAGUUUGAUAAACUUGCGAAUUGGUUUGAGAAAAUGGAAAUCUUGGCAAAGUUUAGCAAAAUGACUGAUGCUGAAAAGUUAAAAUUUCUGAAAGAUGCAUUAAGUUCCAAUAAUCUCAAAGAGCUCAAACAUUUAGGAGAUCAUGUUCAACUCUAUCAAAGCUUGAGCCAAGCCAAAACGCUAACCGAACUAACAAGAUUGGAACAGUGUGUAACAAGCCUGAAGCAGGUGGCCUUUGGUGCGGUAAAGAAUGCUUCUACUAGAGUGGUACAGCAGGUGAUUAUGAAUAAGGUUAUUAGCUCGAUGCUUGUACCGUUUCUGUCGCCCGUGAAACCAACACUCAGAAAGCACGUCGAAAAAUCCGUGAAGGAAUCGUUAGACACAGAAAAACUAAAGUUCUGCUCGAUCGAGGACAUUCAAACAGCAAUCAACAAGAUUCAUACAAGCAUAGACUUCGGAACUGUAGCGGGAAUUUUCAAGGACACUAUUCUGUCCAUGUCAAAGCACUGUAACGACUGGAGACUUCAGUUGGGCGCGUUGGCUGUCGAUCAGUUGUUUACCUGGAAGGACGUAUAUGACUAUGUCAAGAAGCUAUGUCUUAAAAUUAACGAUAAGCUAUCAUCCAACGGGAAACAAAUAAAAACCGAAGAUGUCGAAAAGCUGCAGCAUCAACUGAUAGAACAGUUAACGGAGGAAUUGUUCGCUAUAUUUACCAGUGCCACCGUGAAAACAGGCAACGAUGUGAUUACGGUUGGCAUGUCUGCGUUCGGAAACUACAAGCAGGAGAAAGAAAGGGAAGCGCAGUGUCUGGAGCAAAACAGGAACUUUCGCGAAGGCGGAGCAGCUGGACAAGAGGAAGCUACUGCUUUAUCCGAUGUUAUUAAGCGACCGAUCCACAUUUACGAUGAAAAUGGCAAUCGUAUAGUGAUAGGAGAACAAUACGAAGUCAACGGUGAACCGAUUAAGGUUCGAUACUUUCCUCCGGACGAGAAAAAUCCCACCGGUCAUUAUGUUCCUUUCGGAGAGGAUAAGGACUGGUCAAUUGGCAGUGGUUCCGACAAUAACUGUCUCUUCGAUGCAGUUGGUAGUCAAGUUUCACAGGAUUCGGCCAGUUUGAGACAGUGUACAGUGAGUAGAAUUGAGGCUGAUCCCGAACAUUAUAUUGCCCGUCAAGUACACGAUCUUGGAUUGAAAGGAAUAUUUUUGGUCGGUGGAAGACGACAGGUACCACUUGGGAAGGACCAUUACCCAUCAUUCGAGAAUAGAAUAAAAGCACCAGAAAAGUUAACAGAGGCGCUGGCGCAUCUACGUAAUGACUUAAACGAGCAAAAAUCCAAAGCAGACGAGUUUGCAAAUAAAAAACAAUCUGAACAGCUUACGCAUAUUAAAAAGAACAAAUCCAUGCCCCAGUUUGGAUCUGUUCCGGACAAGGAAGAAAUGAUGAUGGGUGUUAUGGAGGUGCACUUCACGGAUGGCAGCAAACUUCAAACGAUGACCGUGUCAGGGGAUUACCCUUUCGCCACUAAACAACCCGUGAAGGUUGAUGGGUUAGAUAUCGUACCGUCUGAAGCUUCUCCGUUUAAGUCGGAAUUCAAAAACUUUCGAUUCGUAGAUCCGGGCAACAUUAAGGGCAAGCAAGUGUACGAAGUGUACGACAAACAGCAGCUACCGGUGACGUACGAUCGUAAUUGUGCAGCUCAAAAGCUGUUUUACGUGCUGGGUGAACAUAUGAAGAACAACCCGCAUCUGGAGGUGAAAGGAGAUAUCCAGAUGGCGGAAUCGUGGUACAAACCAGGAACGGCUAAAUAUUACGCCUCAGCAGUCGUUAUAGAAGCAUCGUGCAGUAAUUGUGAAAAUAUUUUGCCAACCCUUACCGGGGCAGGCUACGAAAGGUGAUGCUGGAUGUGAUACAAGAAAAAAAAAUUAAUUUUUUUUCAUAUGCUACAAGUUACAAAAAAUAUUGAAGUCAUUUUAUCUUUGUUGAAGCAUAAAAAGUUAACCGUGUCUACCAUUAGAUUAACCUUUA